AUGAAUGAAUAUGUUGCGAGUUAUUUACUCAAGAAUAACUUUAUGCUAACUGCAUUAGAGUUUUAUCAAGAGUUAUUGGAAGAGGGUCUUGAAUUGAAAAUCCUCAGAGAUUACUUUGAAAAUAAGGAAUAUAAAAAUGUUCAGGAAAACACAAAUGGAGGAGGCGGAAUGAUGAUUCAAGUCGACUCCGAGCAUACCAAAGCUCUUGAAGAACAAUUAAAAAAGAAAGAUGAAAAGAUCUCACUCAUGGAAUAUGAAAUUAAAUUGUUACAGUCAGAUAUAGCCAAAUUGAAGGGACAAAUGAGAGAGGCAUUCACAUCCACAGUGAAACGAUCUCAUUCUGAAAGUGAAGUAAGUGACAAUGGAGGAGAAGAAUUGAAAGAGGAAGGAAUGACAUCGCCACCCACAAAUCAAGAGCAAAAUGGAGACGGUUUAGAGAGUAAAAUGGCAUCUGAACCUUUGACCAUACAAGAAAAACAAGUCAUUAAUUACCUCAUCAAGGAUUAUUUGACCCAACAAGGAUACAAGAUUAGUGCAAUCAGUUUCUCUGACGAGGUACACGAGAUGGACAUGUUCAAUCUUGAUGAAAUGCUUCCCAAUCAUACCAAUGAGAAUGACCUUCCUCUAGGAUUACACUAUUUAUACAGACACUACUACAGUGCAGGUGAUAAGACAAAACAAAACAUGAAAGACACAAAAGCACUCCGAGAAGCACUAUCUCAAUUGGAAGCCAAAGAUAAACUCAUUCAGAAUUUGGAGAAAACGAUACAACGUCAAGAUAAGAGCAUUGAGAAAUUGAAAGCUCAAAAUAAGGCACUCGAGCAAGACAUGUCUAACAUUAAGGAGGAAAAGACAGCAGAGACAACUGCUGCCUCAACAGAGACUCAUCACCAAACACAUGAUGAUAAUGAGACUGACAAUCUCAAUAAUAGUACCGAUUCAAUUUCGAACGAUGUUAUGGUGUUACAAGCCAAAUUGAGAGAAUAUGAGAAUCAAGAAUCAAGCAUUGUACAAAUUGUUGGAGAAAAAUUACCAACACUUUUGGCAGCUGUUAAAUCAAACGAGAGACAAGAAUUUAUGCCAAUUCUCACCGCUACACUACAAGCACAUCCUGACGCAGAAGUGAGAGAGACUCUUUCCGAAGCAUUGUUUAACCUUGUCAAGAAGCCAGACCAACAGGAGCGUCAAAUGAUCAUUAAUGGAUGCAUUGCUUUGGCGAGACGAAUUUCUCCUGAUCGAUUCGAAAAAGAAGUUCUUCCUCAAUGCUGGAAACAAAUGACACACAAAUACACAGAGAGAAAGAUUUUGGUUGCAGAAGCAUGUGGUGAAUUGGCACAUUACGUUAAGGCCUCUCUGAGACCAACCAUGCUCUUGUCUACUCUUGCAAAGCUAAUGGAAGACAAGACCGAUGAAGUGAGAGAAUCUGUUGUCAUUAACUUGGCCAAACUCAUCUCUACUUUCACAGAGGAAGAAGAUGUGGAAAGUAAGAGCAAGUACUUCCAAAUUGAAGAGAUGACUCUCAAAUUUUUAUAUGACAAGGCAGAAACCGUGGAAUCGGCCUCUAUUCGACUUCUUGUUCCAGCACUCAUUACGUGGUGCUUCAAUUUUGACUAUUUAUUUGAGAAAUUUGCACCCACUCUUUUGAGCAAUAUUGAAAAUUUAAUCAAGAAGAGACUUAAAAGUGGCUCGAGUGCAAGUAGUGCAAAGAUUGUUGUGCUCUUGAAAUGUUUUAGCGGAGUUAUUCCAUAUCUUCACAAAAUGAUGCUCAAUACCAUGCCAGCAGAAAUGAAGGGAGACGUCAAAGAUGAGGCAACUCUCAAGAAACUGAUGGACAAGUAUUUGAACGACAAUCCUCUUUCUGAAUUGGAGAAGACCAAAUCUGCCACAUGGAAAGGUUUAUAUUGGCUUUUGAAUGUGUGUAUUAGAAGAGUAUUGUCCAUUGCUGCAUCUGUUAAUAUCGAACAUGCUAAUAUUUGCAAAGAAAUUUAUGUCAUUUUCAAUUCACUUUGUGAAACAUUUGGAGAACCAUGUAUUUCUAAAGUAUUCGAGAUGAAAAUUAUAACCUUACUCGAGACAAAUUCUGAUCCAAUCAUUGAUGGCACCAUUGAAGUUGUAAAGAAGGACAAGGACGCUGAUCGAUCGAGUGUCAGUCUUGCCAAGGAACGUUUACUUCCCGUAUAUAUUUGUGGAACUCUUCCAUUCAGCCCCAAAGAAAAGAUUAUGGAUGUGAUCAAGAGUCUUAUCAUUAAUGUCUCCAUUUCAGAAAGAACUUGGGACUCUUCACACAUGCCAUUCCUCUACAAUGCUCUCAUCUCUGCUGUGACCAAUGAAAAAUUGAGAGGAGACGUUCUGUCUGUAGUUUGUAAAUUAGCAGUGAAUCCAUCCAAAGUGGUUCGAUCUGCAGUGGCUGAUAUUCUUGUGGAGCUAAUUCAACCAUUGAGCUCUGACGUACUCUCAGCAACAGUCUUGCCUGCAUUGAUUACACUUGCCUCAGACAUGGAAGCUGAAAUCAAAGUCAAGGCAGUACGAGGUUUAGGAACAUUGGCUUGCAAUUUGAAUGAAGUGACUGAUUUUGACAAGCUGGCAACUCAAAUUGAAAACAUUUUGGAAACCAGAGAUCGCACCAUGUUUAAAGAAAUUCUCAUCAUGUUCUCAAAGAUUAUUCCUGAAGUUGAGUCCUAUUUCCGUGACUUUUUCAUUAUCAAGAAAUUGGUUUGGCUCGGUAAGCAAAACAACCUUAAUAGUGAUUUGAGAGAUCGACGAGACACUGCAGGAUAUAUUUUGGAUAAUUAUCGAGCUCUUAAUGGUUGCAUGUUAACAGAUGACAUUAUCGAUCAACUCAUUGAAGGUCUUGACUAUCUUUCAAAAGAUUGUGAAUUAAUUACUGACUCGUCAGUGGCCUCCUUCGUUUCACAAAUGAAGGAAGAGCUCGAGCACAUUUUAGAACAACACGCAAAGGAAGAAAGUAAGGGUUCCACACUAAUUUCAUUGACCUCUCUCUUUGAAAAGAUGAAACCAGCAUCUAGUGAUGGAAAUUCAUCCAUGAUGAUGGGUUCAUCCACUACUGCAUCCACUGCCUCGUCAUCCACCAUGAUGGGCUCAUCUGCGACAAGUGGCAACAAUAGUACUUCUUCCACACAACCACAGCCAUCCACAACAACUACUGGAAGCGCAGCUGGAAACUCCACGACAGGCAACACAGGUAACACCACAAAUUGGCAAGGUAUUUCUGGAGGAGCCAAGACCACAGAUGAUAGUCAAAUGAAAGAAAAUCUUAAAAAGAUCUUUACUUUUGGUCUCAUGAAUACCAAGAAGCAAUAA